AGAACUUCCCCUUUUCCUCCUCCUUCCUCCUCCUCCUCCUCCUCCCCCGUUUUUCUUCUCUUCUUCCUCUGCUUGCUCUGCAUUUCUUUUUUGAUAUGGUUUCUUCGCUGCUCGCAUUUGCUCCGAUGGGUUUCUUCGUCAUCGACGACGCGUCCUCAUCGGCCUUGAUACUGAGCCACGUACUGUACAAAGCGGCCUUUGUAAUUGCUUUGAUGAGAUGGGUUGUGUUCUGGGCGCUAAGACUCAGGCAAACACUCACCUCCUCCUCCGCCUCCGCCUCCGCUUCCUCAGCCGCCGAGCAGGGUUUUGAUUUCCUACAGGCGGAGUACGAUAAAGAAUCUUGCUCCCGUUCCACCUCUGCUUCUACCCAAUUGAUCAGGGACGGUCUGAUUCAGACCACCUUCGAGGAAGUCACAAGGCGGAGAGGGAAUUACGGAAGCAACGGCGGCGGCGACUGCGACACGUGCGCGGUGUGCUUGAGCCAGCUGGAGAUGGGGGACGAGGUGAGGGAGAUGCGGAACUGCUGCCACGUGUUCCACACCGAGUGCAUUGACAGGUGGCUGGAGUACAAUGAUCGUCCUCAUCACCAUCACGACGAGGACAAUCACAAGACUUGCCCGCUCUGCAGGACUCCAUUGCUGACGUCAUCGCAGAUACAGAGCCUGAGCUGGGAUCACAGCAGAUCGCAGCCCAGCUGGGCUGUUGAGAGACUGCUCUACCUUUUCGGGGAUGAUCUGGUGUUGUGAUUUGAAGAACUGUAAUUUUACCCUAGAGAGCGAUUUUGGUUAAGCGAGGUGUUACUGUGUAAAUUCUAAAAUGUAAUUCUUGAUUAGUCCAAAUUGAUAAAUAAAUAGAUAUUUGUGAAUUA